AUCUCCUUCCCUUCUUCUGGGAGCCCUGCAGUGAGUGUAUGUUGUUGUCCGUGGUGCUGAAAUAAGCGGCAAAGUGUGCUGUGAGCGGUCUGGAGGGUACAAAACUGAUGUAACAGUACGCGGCACAUUGUCUCUCUAGAUAAUCUAGAUAAUGGAUUACCUUAAGUUUCUGGCACAGAGGAAGGCAGUGUUAUUUAUUUGUGUUUUUAAAUUGAUCUGGUUGUGUUCUAACAACCACCUUUUUAUCAAUAAACAAGGCAACUGGGCAGUUUUCGGUGUCAUGUGAUGAAUGAGGGCGAUUGAUCUGUUUUUUUGGGGGUUUUUUUAGCAGUGGAUGUAAUGAUUUCAAAUGACCACACGGGGACAUUGUAGACCAUCACAUUUUGAUAUUUCCUCUUGGUUGCUUCAGGCUCCUCCCAGAUUCAGAGGAUGAUGAUGAUGCUUCUCGGGGCUUUGUGACAAAGAGACGCAGUACAAGAAUAGAGUGUGUGGCCAUCAUUUCGAUUGUUGGCCUUUGAAAAGCGAGGACAGUGGAUUCAGGGACUUGGCAUUCAUGCUGAAUGAAAGGACGGGAUUUUGGAGGUUAUAAUCCAUAUGCUCUGUUCACGUUGGAUAAAAACAUGUCGAUGCGGAGGAUAUGGAGCCCUUUAAGGAUUUAUAUAGUCGUUGUCCUUUUGGAUUGUUGCUGGGAAGCGGUGUCUGGGCAGCUCUCUUACUCUGUAUCAGAGGAGGUAAACCCGGGGACUUUUGUGGGAAAUCUCGCUAAAGAUCUAAACCUUAAUAUUCACGACUUGGAGGCACGCAUGUUUCAGAUUGUAAGCGGAUCGAAGAGAAAAUAUUUUGAUGUCAAUCUGAAAACGGGCUUUCUUUAUGUCAGUGAGAGAAUAGACCGGGAGGAGCUCUGUGCGAAGGCGACGAAAUGCACUGUCGAUGUGGAGGCCGUGAUCAACAAUCCACUGAAGUUGUACCGUUUGGAGGUUAAUAUAGUUGAUAUAAAUGAUAAUGCACCAUAUUUUCCUGAGAAUCUGCAGUCUCUAAACAUUGCUGAAAGUACUGCGCCGGGAGGAAAAUUCGGAUUUAUCGGGGCGUCGGAUCUUGAUGUCGGUAAGAAUAGUGUUAGUACAUACAAGUUAAAUAAUAAUGAUUAUUUUUCUUUAGAGGUUCACAAAGGAGGAGAAAGUGUAUCCGCGCAGCUUGUGCUUCAGAAAGCUUUAGACCGAGAAAAACAGCAAACUGUAAGACUUACAGUGACCGCAGUAGACGGUGGAAAUCCACCCAAGUCGGGGACAUGUCAGAUUAUUGUAAAUGUUUUAGACAUAAACGACAACUCUCCGGUCUUCAGCAGCUCUUUAUACAAGACACGCAUUUCUGAGAACGUACCAGUAGGUAAAACGGUUUUAGUUCUGAAUGCAACAGACGCAGAUGACGGUUUGAAUGGUGAAAUAGAAUAUUCAUUGAGAAAGAAAGGUCAGGAUCAGGUUUUAGAUUUAUUUCAAAUAGAUUCCAAAACCGGUGCCAUUUUAGUCAAAGGUCAGAUCGACUAUGAAGAAAAUCCCGCGUUUGAAAUUCAUGCACAAGCCAGUGACAAAGGUCAGCCUCCCAUGUCGACUGACUGCAAGGUGCUGGUAGAAGUGGUGGACCUGAACGACAACGCUCCUGAGAUCACUGUGACUUCACUCCUGAACACAGUGAAGGAGGACGCUGAAGGAGGUGCUGCUAUAGCGCUCGUUUCUGUACUGGACAAAGAUGGAGGGGAAAACGGUGUCGUAAAAGCUGUAAUAGCAAAUGAUGUCCCCUUUAAAUUAGACACGAAUUACAAAAACUAUUAUUCGUUAGUAGUUAAUGGACCGCUUGACAGAGAGACGAAGGCCCGGUAUAAUGUCACUAUCGUGGCAACUGAUGGGGGGACUCCACCCCUCUCCAGCACCAGCAUAGUGACUGUUCAUGUUUCUGAUGUCAACGAUAACCCGCCUCGCUUCUCGGAGCCGUUCGUUAGUGUCUAUGUGAAAGAGAACAGUCCGGUAGGAGCAGUUAUUAAAACUGUGACUGCAACCGACGCUGACAUCGAUCAAAAUGGUCAGGUGAGCUAUUCGUUUUUACAAAGUAACAGUGACUCACUGCCGUUUGCUUCAAUGGUGAACAUCGACUCAGAGACUGGAGAUAUAGUCAGCCUGCAGUCCUUUAACUACGAGGAGCUCAAAACCUUCCAGUUUAAAGUUCAGGCCACAGACUCUGGUGUUCCUCCGCUCAGCAGCAACGUGACUGUCAACGUUUUCAUCCUGGAUGAAAAUGACAAUAAUCCAGCCAUUCUGGCGCCCUAUUCUGAGCACGGCUCCGUUAACAGUGAGAGCAUCCCCUAUUCUGCUGAAGCGGGAUACUUUGUGGCAAAGAUCAGGGCUGUAGACGCAGACUCUGGAUACAAUGCGCUGCUCUCUUAUCACCUGUCUGAGCCCAAAGGAAACAACCUCUUCCGGAUCGGAACCAGCACCGGGGAAAUCAGGACUAAGAGGAGAAUGAGUGACAAUGACCUGAAAACUCACCCCUUGGUGGUGUUGGUGUCUGAUGGCGGAGAACCCUCCCUGUCAGCUACUGUGUCUAUUGAUGUGGUGGUGGUCGAAAGCACAGCUGACAUCCAGACUCAGUUCAGACAUGUGCCCAGAAAGGAGGAGAGCUUCUCUGAUUUAAACCUGUAUCUGCUGAUCGCCAUUGUGUCGGUGUCAGUCAUCUUUCUGCUCAGCCUCGUCACUUUAAUAGCUGUCAAAUGUCACAGGACAGACGGCACUUUCAGCAGGUACGGCGCCCCAAUGAUCACCACCCACCCUGACGGGAGCUGGUCUUACUCUAAAGCUACUCAGCAGUAUGACGUGUGUUUCAGCUCAGACACGUUGAAGAGUGACGUAGUGGUUUUCCCCGCACCGUUUCCGCCUGUAGACGCUGAACUCAUCAGUAUUAACGGAGGGGACACUUUUACACGGACUCAGACUUUACCUAACAAAGAAAAGGUAAGACAAUAGUUACAUUAAGUACUUCUUCCACAUUUUCUUAAUGUAGUAUUGAUGGCGUCAUGGCGCACUUUCGUUAUUUUCAAAAGAGAUUUCUGCUGUCGAGCAGUCAGAAAGCUGACACUAUCACAGACUCUCCUUUUCGAGUUAUAUGGCAAUAAAAUUCAGUUUGUAGUUUCAUGUUGUAGACUGCAGUUUGCUGAUGUUUUCUUCCUGUGAUUUUGUGCUGCUGGUCAGAAUUCUCUGUGUGGGUCGCUGGCCGUGGUGCUGAACGCAACUUUUCAGUUGCGUUCAAGACUCAAAAACAUGAUGCAAAACAAGCCGUUGUUAACGUGCAGUGUUUUGAACGUUUCUCUGUGUCUCUCUGCCAAUAGCUGCUUCACAAUAUGUUUUAAGUGUCAGAAUGUAUUUUCAUAUAAGAUUCAUUAGACUUGAUAUUGGCAGUCAGCUGCUCUGAAGUUCACAAGGGUUUCACAGUGUAUUUCUGUAUUUACUA